AUGCAAAAGGAAUCAUCUACAGGAUUGCGUCAAUUAUUAGAUCAUACCGAAAAGCACGUUCGCGCUCUAAAAAAGCUUGGUGAGCCCACAGAUCAAUGGGGCACCAUCCUUGUUUAUUUAACAACCGCUAAGUUUGACAAUACGACAAAACAGACAUUAAAACUCGAUAAAUCAAAAGGCGCGAAAUUAUCAAGUAGCGAUACGAGUCAUAAGUCAAGUAACGCGAAUAAAAAGGCAAUUGCCGCGGUAACAGCCGAGGCCAAGUCAGAUAAAUGUUUAGCAUGCAAUCAAGGAAACCAUCGGUUAUAUCAUUGUCCGAGUUUUCUUAACUUAGCUCCUCCGGCGAGGAGUAAGGAGGACGAAGGUACAGAGCACGGAAGUGGGAGUCAAAACUCCACCGUCAAAUCCCAGGCAUUCACGGAAUCACAAGCCACUAGUGUGGUACAUCACGCCGUUCGACUCAACGAACGCGGAUUAUUAGCAACGGCUAUCAUCAAGAUUCAGGACAAACGAGGAGACUUUCAAGAAGCUCGUGCGUUCCUCGAUCCUGGAUCACAGUCAAACUUCAUGACGAAAGAUCUUUGCGAGCGUUUAGGCCUUCCACAGAGAAGGAAUCACAUGCAUAUUCGUGGUAUUGACAACGUACAGACAACAGCACUUACAGAAACUCACGCCACGAUACAAUCUAAAUUUAACGCUUUCAAGGUGGGGCUUCAUUUCUCGAUAUUACCCGAAAUUACGGUCAAUCUUCCAUUAUCAGAGAUCAACAAGAAUCAUUUACAAAUACCUGAGACGAUCACUUUAGUUGAUCCGUCAUUUCACAUCCCUGGGCAGCGAUCAUGUAACUUUUCCCCUAGAGCGGAAAGGCGAAAAAUCAAAUUAGGGAAGAAUCAGCCGAUCGCACAGAAAACAAAGCUCGGUUGGAUCAUUGCCGGACCUAUAAGUUUCAAAGGAUACAAUGAGAGUUCAAUUGUGUCCGUAAGUUCCAUUUCCGCUGUCAUCACCAUUAAAACACAACUCGAACGCUUCUGGCAAAUAGAAGAAUGCAACGUUCAAUUAGAGGCAUCAGAGAACUUUGCGAAUCGGAAUUUGAUCAAACACAUAGACGCAACGCAGCUGGUCGUUUCGAAGUUCGAUUAUCACUAUGCGAGCGUAGAUCGACUCGGACAUUCUCGUGAUAUCGCUAUCAAGCGACUACGACACAUGGAACGGAAAUUUACGAAAUCUCCAGAGAUAAAGCAACAAUAUAAAAUAUUCAUGCAAGAAUAUGAAGAGUUAAAUCACAUGACCGAAAUUUCAAAUCAAGAGGACUCUCAGACAAGCCUCUACCUACCACAUCAUGCAGUUGUGAAACCCGAUAGUGUCACCACAAAGCUCAGAGUGGUAUUCGACGCAUCCUGUCCCACAUCUUCAGGAGUGUCACUCAAUAACAUACUGCACACCGGGCCUACCAUUCAGCAGGAUCUACUUUCCAUAAUAUUGAGAUUUCGUCAACAUCGAUUUGUUAUUACAGCAGACAUUAAACAAAUGUACAGACAAAUACUUGUGCAAGAUGAUCAACGAGACUUACAAAGAAUCGUGUGGAGGCCUGAUACAAGCGAACCAAUUCGUGAUUAUCGUCUCAACACCAUCACAUAUGGUAUGGCCAGUUCACCAUUCUUGGCAAUCUGA